AUGUUUGCUAUAUUGCGUGGCAUCCAAUUGAGAGCGCACCGUCCGAGUCAACUCGCAUCUUUUCACUCUGGCCAUCUGUUGAUUCGACUUUCUUCAUCUGCUGCCAACAAUGCUACCAACAAGGACCUUGGGGAUGCACCUCAGGAGGUGCCAUUCUCUAAAACCAAAGAUUAUCGGAGAGCACACAACAAAGCAUACUAUCAAAAACACAGGGAAGCUUUGUUACUUCGUCAAAAAGAUCCUUCCAAAAAGGAAGCUCAGAGAUUGGCGCGUCAAGAGUGGCGUCGUAACAACAAGGAAGCCCUCAACGCUAAGGAACAAGUAUGGCGUAGCGAGAAUGCCGCUCGUGUCAAAGGAUACAAUCAGCAAUACUAUCAGCGUCACAAAGAGGCCAUAUAUGCCCACAGCAGGAAGUAUCGCCUUGAUAACCCAGAGGUCACCAGGCAGUAUCGUCGCCAGUAUUAUCUUCAGAACUCAGAGGCCAUCAGGCAGAAUCAACGCCAGUAUCGUCUGCAGAAUGCAGAGGCCAUGGCUGCGCAGCGAAGAGCGCGCUACUUAGAGUCACCCGAACGCAUUCGAAAAGCCGCUGCGCGUGAGGAACGCAGAGCAUUACGUGCCGCUGAACAGGAUGAGCGUCAGAGAAUGCGUGACGCUAGAAAGGAUGAGCGUCAGAGAAUGCGUGACGCUAGAAAGGAUGAGCGUCAGAGAAUGCGUGACGCUAGAAAGGAUGAACGUCAGAGAAUGCGUGACGCUAGAAAGGAUGAGCGUCAGAGAAUGCGUGACGCUAAAAAGGAUGAGCGUGAAAGACGUCUCGAGGAACAGAGAAAGAAUGCCGAUCUUCGGAGACGUCUGAGAGAGGAACGCGCUUCAAUCGACAAAGAGCGGGUAAUACGUCUUGCCGAAAAAGAACUGUCCUCCAAGAAGCGCAUUCACUUGCUCCGGCAACUUGCAAGGCAGAAAAGGCUUGAGAGUUCGAACUCGAGCAGAAGGCUCUGA